AGGUUAGGUUAGGUUAGGUUAGGUUAGGUUAGGUUAGGUUAGGUUAGGUUAGGUUAGGUUAGGUUAGGUUAGGUUAGGUUAGGUUAGGUUAGGUUAGGUUAGGUUAGGUUAGGUUAGGUUAGGUUAGGUUCCCUCUCGCGGUGCGCCACCUUGUCGUGGUGAGAGGGCUCCCCUGAUGGUCCUUGUGGCCUUGAUCCCGGGUGGACUUGUCCGCUUGGGAGACGGGCCGCGGGCCGUCGGGGGUCUAAGAGCGCACCGUACGGCCUCGGCUGUACGUGUACGGGAGGGAGAGAAGGAAAACUCUGUAAAACCCGGUGAAGGACACACUGUCAACAAACCAAAUUUAUGGAAGAUGCCCAAAAAGAAGAAGGAUGUUACCGGCCCAGGGGUACUCGGAGCCCCAGGGCCCGGCGCGCAGGGGGGUAUAGUCCCGGCCCCCCCCGCGUCGUCAUCGAGCGGCGGGCAUCUUGCGUUAGUGGGGGUGUCCGGAGCCUCGUGGAAGAGGCUCUGGUCCGGCGACGGGGAUAACGUCGCCGAGGGGGUGGUGCGUGCGGCCCUGGUGCGGGACGCGCGCUCUCGCGAUUGGGACGGCCUCGUCCAGGCGUGGGACGAGGUCUUCCUCAGGUGGCGGGCAGAUGGGGGGAGCGAUGCGGUCAUGGUGGACCUCAUCGCUCGCCUAGUCUGGGACCGAGAGGGGAGGGCCCGAGCACUCAAGGAGAAGCGUGAGGCCCUCCUUGAAAG